AUGGCUGAAAAAUAUUUUGAUGACAUUGAUGUAACAAAAUGUCAACGCUUUUUCGAUAUUGAAAAGCAGCAACCACGCACAACACCAGAACAUUUGAUACCCAUUGAAGGUUAUCAACAUCUUCCACUAGUCUCGGUUGAAAAAGCUGUGGAAACUUUAGAAAUGCUUGUGCCCGAUAUUCAACGACGAGCCUAUUUUGCCAAACAAUAUUGUGAUGGUUUAUCAUCAUCAACAUUGGGACCAUUGACAACAGAUGAAGCAGCAGCUAUUUAUCUUUAUACAACCGAAUGGCAUCAUAGUUUAUAUGUGGCACUUAAUCAAAUAUUAAGAUCAAAGCAACGUUCAAGGUUAUUAGAACCAUGGUUGUUGUAUUUAAAACUUAUAUUGACAGCACUAUUCAAAUUAAAAAGUGAAAAUAAAACAGUUUGGCGUGGAAUUAAAUUAAAUUUAAGUGAACAAUAUGAAGAUAAUCAAUUAUAUACAUGGUGGGGUUUUAGUUCAUGUACACAUUCAGUUAAUAUUUUAAAAUCAGAACAAUUUUUAGGUAAAGUGGGUAUGCGUACGCUAUUUAACAUUCAGUGUAUAAGUGGUAAAGUAAUCAAGCCUUAUUCGCAAUUUCAAACCGAAGAUGAAAUUCUUCUUCUACCAGCUACACAAUUUCAAGUUAUUGGGAAACUGAAUCCAGCUCCCAAUUUGCAUAUUAUUCAAUUACAAGAAAUA